GCAGAAACAGACACGCCGCUAACAAUGCUGCCGGAGCAGGCUCAGGAAGACGCGCUUCACGCCAACCGCCUACUCUCUGUGGAAGAACGACCGUUCCAGCGCGUGACGAAGCAACUUCUCGGCAGCAAUUCAGCUCUUCGACCAUGUUUAUCGUACCUACCAUCUCCGCCUCCAGAGGACGAUGACGGACUUCCUGUAUACGACGCGACCAGGGUGGAGCGCUUCCGCGAGGACGUCCUUCUGGACUUUGCCUACCUCGAAAGCAGCAUCAUUCGCAUUCAGCUGAGCCUCUCCUCGAACCAGCGCGAACGAGAACGAUAUGCUGCAGAAAAAGCGAAGAUUCUGGAGACUGCGCAAGCCGUACGGGACAACACUGUCGAAUUGAGGACACAUCUGGUGGAAGCGCAGGAAGCACUGGAGAGGAGAAAGGGCUACGAUGUCAUGGCAGCAAAAAUCUUGGACGACAAGAAGUUGAGGAGUCGCGAUGAGGCAAAGGCAGAAAUUGACAAGCUCGAAAAGGAGAUUGAAGAUCUGCAACAUGAGAAUGCAGAGUAUGAGGGCACGUGGUUGGAAAGACGUGAGCAGUUUAGCAAGAUUGUGCAGGAAGGCGAGGCUAUGAUUCGACAGAUCAAGGGCAUCAAGGACGACCCGGAAGAGCAGAGGGAUGACGAAGAAAUGGAAGACGAACAAGAAGAUGACGAUGACAGCGACAGAAACACGCCUGCACGGUCUCCACAACCAGUCGAUGCUGGCGGCGCAACCCCAAUGGCCGAUAGCGUCGAGGCAGGGGAAGACAGCACGGAAGGCACUCCAGCUCGUCUGACGAACAAGUUCCUGGAAGUAGAUGAUUCGACCCGAGCGGGAAGUCGUGCCUCCUCGCCGCUCUCGCAGCCUGCGCAAAUGCCUGAUGAUAUCGACAUGGACGAGACUCCCCAGGCAGAAGCUACCAUCACUGAGCCCCAAAGUCUCGUGUCUAGCCAGGUUGCAAGCCCGGCAAAAGAGCAAGCCGAAGAGACGAUGGACGAAUCGUGAAGAGGUUGUCUUGAAUCUGCUAUGGCUAGAUAGAUGCAAUCUGAAAUGAGAAUUGCAUAAGAAGUGGCCGAACGCGAACGGGCAUGACACUUGUAUUACCG